CCAAAGCAUCGAUGUGCUGCUCCUAGCGUCGUCACCUUGCAAGCACAGAAGUCACCUUCCAACCUCUGCGACUUUCUGCCCCUGUCAUUAGCUACUAUACCAUUGAGUCCCGUGCUCAUUUACAGGUUAAAGGCAUUGCCUUAUUCUAACAAACAUAUCGUGUGUGAAAGAUUGUGUAUUUGAUUCAGCGUUCACUGUCAAAAAUCUGCGGUCCACUGAUCGGUGUUGGUCAUAAGGGAGGAGGAGCAGGCGCGAGUCCACACCGCACAUCGCUGAUCAUUGUAGCCUACGGAGCUAGAGGUCUACUCUGCGUCCGUGUGUGGAAUUAACCCAGCGCACAGACUGGCUGGUGAUGAGGUUCGUCGUGUACACUCGACAGAGCAUUGACAGAAUCCCUCUCGAGCUGAAGAAACCGCCCCAAUAAGGACACAGGCAAGAGGGGAAGAGCAACCGAAGAGCUGGUCUCGGCUGGAACGCUGUCAUUUCGGCAAGAAUGCAUCUCUUCAGUGCCAUGUUCCUACUAGUGAUGUUAGCUGCCAUGUCCAGUGAGGCUAUCUAUCCUAGCCCAGAGGAGGGCUGGCAGAUCUACAGUUCAGCUCAGGAUGCAGAUGGGAAGUGUAUCUGUACAGUGGUGGCCCCGGCCCAGAACAUGUGUAACCGAGACCCACGCAGUCGGCAGCUCCGUCAGCUCAUGGAGAAGGUCCAGAACAUCACCCAGUCCAUGGAGUUGCUGGACCUGCGGACCAACAGGGACCUUCAGUAUGUGAGGAACACAGAGAGCCUGAUGAAGGCUGUAGACGUCAAGCUGAAGACUGCCUCAGACAACCCCCGAAGCCUCAACCCCAGGAGCUUACAGGAGUUGAAGGACAAGGUGACCCAGCUGCUCCCCCUACUGCCGGUGUUGGAGCAGUACAAGACGGACGCCCGUCAGAUCAGCCGGGUGAGGGAGGAGGUGAGGAACCUGUCGCUGGUGCUCAUGGCCAUCCAGGAGGAGAUGGGAGCCUACGACUACGAGGAGCUGAGACACAGGGUCCUGCUGCUGGAGACCAGGCUCCACUCCUGCAUGCAGAAACUGGGCUGUGGGAAGUUGACCGGCGUCAGUAACCCCAUCACCAUCCGUGCGUCAGGGUCAAGAUUCGGCUCCUGGAUGACUGACACCAUGAUCCCUAGUUCAGACAACCGGGUGUGGUCCAUGGAUGGCUACUUUAAAGGUCGUCGUGUCCUGGAAUACCGCACCCUAAACGACUUCAUGAAAGGCCAGAACUUCGUUCAGCACCUGCUGCCCCACCCCUGGGCGGGGACCGGCCACGUGGUCUACAACGGCUCCCUGUACUACAACAAGUACCAGAGCAACAUCAUCAUCAAGUACCACUUCAGGUCCCGCAGUGUUCUGGUGCAGCGCAGUCUCAGUGGGGCCGGCUACAACAACACCUUCCCCUACUCCUGGGGAGGCUCCUCAGACAUCGACCUGAUGGCAGACGAGAACGGCCUGUGGGCCGUCUACACCACCAUCCCCAACGCCGGCAACAUCGUCAUCAGCCGCCUGGAGCCGCAGAGCCUGGAGGUGCUGCAGACGUGGGACACAGGGUUCCCCAAGCGCAGCGCUGGAGAGUCUUUCAUGAUCUGUAGCACGCUGUAUGUCACCAACUCCCACCUAGCCGGGGCUAAGAUCUACUUCGCCUACUACACCAACUCCUCUAGCUACGAGUACACAGACAUCCCCUUCCAUAACCAGUACUCCCACAUCUCCAUGAUGGACUAUAACCCCAGGGAGAGGGUGCUGUACACCUGGAACAACGGACACCAGGUGCUCUACAACGUCACUCUGUUCCAGGUCAUUAAGACCGCUGGGGACUAGAGACACCAGGGGUGGCUAGUGUCAUUUUACAGUGGAGGACGGGCCUAUUGUAAUGUUUCGGAAUGGAAUGAAUGGAACGAUAUCAAACAAGCAUUCCAUUGAUUCCAUUCCAGUCAUUGCUAUGAGCCGUCCUCCGUUCACAAGCCUCCAGAGACACCCCGAGCUAGCCUGGUCUCGGGUCUGUUGUGCUGUCUUGACAACUCCUAGUGUGACAUUGACCAUAUGUGUUGGAAAGAUAGCACAGAUCUGGGACCAGGCUAACACAGAGGCAGAGUCAGACCGAACACUCAACAAAACUAUAAUGCUGUUAUGGAGAGGGAGGGGGGGGCAGGCAGACAGAUGGACGGAAGGAGGCUUGGACUUUUUUAAAGCAUUUCAAUCUUCUUCAUAGACUGCUGUUAUUCAUUCAGAAAAAAUACACUCCGACAGCAAGGUCAGUAAAUAUAUAGACUGGGCGAGACUUUCUGAUUUUCUUUUCUGUGAUGAGUAAGCAUGGUUCUUUUUAUUUGUGAUGAGAAAUAAAUAUCAACCUUUACCAUUUAAAA